AUGGAUAUUGAACCAACUUUUAGAGGUUACAUUCAAAAUGAAUUAGAUGCUUUAUUAAUAUUUCAAGCUGUAUUAGAUUCACGAUUGAAUCAUGUACCACGUAGACCAUAUGAAAUCGAGAGACCUUAUUUAAUUAUUUCAGGUAGUAUAUUUGUCUUCAUUGAAGAAGUUUCAGGUAUUAAAAGAUGGACAGAUGGUAUUACUUGGUCACCAUCAAGAAUUUCUGGUAAAUUUUUGAUUUAUAAAGAAUUGGAUAGAAGUUUUAAUAAUCCAUCAAUGUUUAAUCAAUCAUCUCAUAAUAAUAGAUUGCAACAACAACAUCAAAUGAUUUCAUCACAACAACAGCAGCAACAGCAGCAACAGCAACAGCAACAAGCUAAUUCUUUAAUUAAUGGCACUAAUAAUUCAUCAAAUUAUCCAAUUCAACAAUUUUCAAAAUAUACAGGAUUUGUUAAAAAGACAAUUUCAAUGAAAUUAAAAACAAAUAAUGAUGAAAAGAUUCAACAACAUUUUCACAUAGUUUCAUAUUAUUUAGAAGAUGAUAUUAAUUUUCAUAGAUUACAACGUCCAUCAGAGUCUCCAUUUUUUAAUGAUAUUAAACCCAGUAAAGAAUUGAUUCAAGCUUUGGAUAGUAGUAAUUUAGGCAGUAUUAAUAUUACUAAUAAUUCAAAUGAUCAACAACAAAGAUAUUCUUAUAUUAAUGAUAGAAAACAAAUAUCGGAUGAUAUUAAAAUUUCAACAAAUCAAAAUCAAGCUUAUCAUCAACAAUUAUAUGGACCACCUCAAACUCAAUUAUGGAACCCUCAAAAUAAUAAUAAUUCGAAUACUACUCCAAUAAAUAAUAAUUCCAGCGAUAAUAACAAUAACAAUAAUACUAAUGGUGGUGGACCUGGUGGUUCAGAUAAUAAUAAUAAUAAUAUCAGAUUAGCAUUUCCUCCUGGAAUACCAAAUCCAAACAGUUUAUACGCCAUGCCAUAUGGACAACAACAGCAGCAGCAACAAAAUAAUCAUGGUAGAAUGAUGGUAAAUAAUCCUUAUCAAGUUUAUUAUGCUGCUAUACCGCCAUCGGUCGGUGUCUCACAUAUUCCAAAAUUUCCAAUGUCUUUAAAUCAACAAACUGCAUCCGACGUAAAUAAUAUUAAUAAUAACAAUUCCAAUCAUUCAAAUAAUAGUAAUCAAAGUAAUGAAAAUAGCAUCAAUAAUACCAAUGCCAAUAAUAAUGGUAAUAAUGGUAAUGUAAAUAUAAAUAACAACGGCACUUAUCAACAAAAUAUAGAUCGUUCACAGGUACUACUUCAACAGCAGCAGCAGCAGCAGCAACCCUAUCAGGUAAAUAUGGUUUCAUCUGCAAACAAUGAAACAAAUAUGCCGCCUCAACAGUUUUUCCCAUCUUUAACAAAUCAUGUUCAAGCCUAUCCAGGUUAUUAUGGACAAGGUACUAUUUUACCAAAUAAUGAAACAGUUUAUGGUAAUAACGACGUAAACAAUGAAAAAUUAAGAAAUGGUUAUUUAGCAGAAAAUAUUAAUUCGGGUACAAAUAAUACUAACAAUCGAGUAGAACAAAUAAAUGUAUCUGUAAUGAAUAAUACUCGUUUGAAUAAUACUUUAACUGGUCAAACAAUGACAGAUUCACCUUAUGGAUCGUCAUUGGUUCCAUUGGCGCAUAAAGGAAUCCGUGCAACUAACAACAUAAUUCCUUCAUCAAUUGCAUCUUCCUCAUUUAAUAGGAAUCAGCAACCACCUCCACAACAACAGCAGCAGCAGCAGCAUCCAGGUGGUCCAUAUAUUCAAAGAAAUCAAUAA